AUGCUGCCCGCCUUGAAGAAAUUGUCGCUGCUGGACCUGCAGAUUGCGCGCCUCCCAGAGUCCUUCCACCAGCUCGCCUCCCUGGAGGCUUUCCAUCUGUCCCACUGCACGGCCCACUUCAGAUUCCCUGCAGCAUUCGGCGAUCUCACAGCCCUCAGAUCCCUCUACAUCCUCAUUGCACCGAACCUGAUUCUCCCAGACGACAUUGGCGAGCUCACCAACCUUCACACGCUCCAUUUCAGCAGGAAUCACCUGCAGGAGCUGCUUCCAUCCUCCUUCAUGCAGCUGACUUCCCUCACCAGGCUGGAGCUGGUCGACUGUGCGAUAGUCCAGCUGCCAGGGGACAUGGGGAGGUUGGGUAACCUGAGGGAGUUGAUCAUCCAGCUCUUCACGAGCAUCACGGAGAUCCCGCACUCCCUCACUGACCUCGUCAACCUCGAGGUUCUCAAAGUGCUCGGCUGCCGCAACGUCUCCUCCUUUCCCACCUCCUUGAGCAGCCUGGCACGGCCGAAAGAGUUGGCUCUGGCCAAGCUCCCUCAGCUGCCACAGCUCUUGCCAUCCCUGCCCCGUUCCCUUGAAAUCCUCUCCCUGGGGACCUACCAGCGGCUCACCCCUUUUCUGGCGAUCCCUGCUCUGCCGAAUCUGAGAAGGUUGAGUCUGAUAAGCGUUGCCUUCAUGCGCGGGAUGGUGGCUGGCAUGGCGCUGCCUGCAGUGGAGCACGUGGAGCUGUCGUUGGUGGGAGAGGCAGAGGAUCUCCCGCUGCCGCUUGACCUUGUCCCCAACCUUCGCAGCGUCAGAAUCGCAAGUGCUGGGCGCCUCAAGAGCUUUCCAAAGAAGCCUGUUCCGUUCAAGAUAAUCUUCCAGCUAAUGAAUCGGCUGGAGAUACAGCAGGCUGUAAAGUUAAAGGAGCUCACAGAGAGUGUCACCGCGCUGCACCGCCUCACAUCCAUUGAGAUCCACGCACCUGAACUUGCCUCUCUGCCGGAUGGCAUUGGCUCCUUGUCUCGACUGCGCCGGCUGAAUCUGGCCGGCUGUUCACCCCUUGCAUCCCUCCCUGCUUCUCUCACCCAGCUCUCCUGCCUUCACGACCUGAACCUUGCCUGCACCUCUGUGCGCUCCCUGCCUUGCAACUUUGGGCAGCUGAGUCGGCUCAAGUACCUUGACCUGCAUGCGUGUAGAAAGCUGGUUGCUUUGCCCGAGGAUAUCACCCAGCUUGAGAUGCUUCACAGCUUGAAUAUUUCAGGGUGUGAUGAUGACAUUGACACUGACUGUCUUUGUGGGAUGCAUGGACUACGUAUUAUUAGGACCUGUGAUAACUAA